AUGUGGAUUUGCUUUAGGCAUCCCCACACGUUGGGGAAAUUUUUGGAGAAAAAUUGGAGAAGAUUGGAGAAAAUUUGGAGAAGUGCAAAGGUAACAUGUCAGUAUCCUGAUUAUGAUGCUGUCAUUAAGCGUAUCCAAGGUAGAGAUGUAAUUACCUUGCAUAUUUCUCAGGACAUUCAAAAGCUGUCUGGCGUUAUUCUUCCAUUUGGAUCAGGUAGUCUUCAGUAACAUUUUCUGUUAUUUAUUUUUGUCCCGUGACAUGUCUGCUCACAAAGAGAAGAAAGUCUUUAUUACAUUAAGGGUACUUAAGUACAUAUCACGUCGAAAAAAUAUAGAUCUAUAUAUGUGUAAGUGCUUUUAAUUGCAGAUGGAAAUAUGAACAAAGUUCUUUGGAUGAUAAUUAAUAAUAUUUUUGUAGAAGAUCAAAUCACUGACAACGCAAUACACUUAUUCAUGCGUAUGGUUCACAAUUAUUUGCAGUCAGUUUUCCUCAGUUUGUAUGAUUCUCAUUAACUAGUAUAAUUAAAUUUGCAGACUAAAACACCCCUUAUUUGCUUAAGAAUAAUAAAAGUAAACAGUGCAUGUCGGUUUUCAAUCCUUAUGGAUGCUACUGGGCUUCACUUUAACUGAGAAAUUUGUCAUCGCUUACCUCAACUCUCUGUGUCCCAUGCCGUAAGAAGCACAAGAAGAAAGUUGAUGAUAGUGAGUCUUGGCUGAGACAAGAAGAAACAGAGAAGAAUCUACAGUCCCCAGAAACGCCACUUUUAGACACGAGACAACUAAGGUAAACUGAAUCAAGUGGUAUUUGUUUUAUUGAAAACUAUCGUUCAGAUUAUAAGAUACGCGAAUUACUCUUCCCACUAAUUUUUUCUUUACAUUCUGUAAAUCAAAAUUUUCAGUAAUUAUUAAGGCGUUCUUGUUGAUCGUCUUAAUAGUUACAGUUUCCAGGAUACAAGGGGAACAAAAGAGAGAACAAUUUUCUGUGUAGUUAGGCAAGGCAACGUGCCGUCUUUAUACUUCUUCCGGCGUGAUAACGAUGAUGAUGACAACAAUGGGUAAAAAGCACCAUCCACCAAUAAUGACGAUUAUCAUAGUUACAAAUAAAUCUGAGUUACAGCCCUGAAAAAAAUCUCAAGGGGUCCUUUAAAGCAUCCACUUCAUCUCACCAGAAGUCAAAGUUGCCUACACUCAUUCUAAGGUUCGUGCGAUUUUACGACGAAUUUUCAAUUCCGGUGUGUUACGCGCGCGACUUUUGAUGGAAAAGACUUGCACGCGCCAUAACUAGAAAUAACGUGUCAGCUGAAUGCAUCAAAUUUCUAUCAAAAGUUGCCCGCGUAACACCCCGGAAGUGAAAAUACGUCGUAAAAUCACACGAACCAGAAAUAAAAUUUGCGGAAAACAUUUCUAUUUUGUCCGGGUACCUGUCAUUUUUUGGCUUGCACGCAUCAUUCAUGAUGGCAUUUCGAACAGAAAAGUUUCGGGAAAAGCUAUCUAGUACAAUUUUCUGUAAGCCAUAAAAUGCCUUUUUUCGCUGUUUCUUAAAAUCUGCGAGAUAACUUUUUGUCAUGCUGUCUGAGAAGUUAAAGGAUAUCUGGAGCUUUCCUACAAAGAAAUAAAAAUGGUAGGUCACCGACUUAGUUUUUCAGAUAAUUAACAAUAAUUGAAAAUAUGAGUGUCUGCUUGUGGACCUUACGUCUUGCCAUGGUAACCGAUAUGACGUCACAAGUACCCUUAAAGUAUUGCCCAACAAUAUAGUUGCAGAGAUGUUUAUAGUUUGCCUACACGAUAAACCUCUUUUCUUGUAACCUUUAAUCGUUUCACAAACCCUACGAGCCUCCUUAAAAACCGUUGUUGUCCAACCACGCCUGUAUUGUUUUUAACAGAGAACGCUUGCAUCCCAUGCAUUUGCCCAGUGGUUGUUUUCAUGACAUCAAGGCCACACCUCAUAAACUUCGUGAUCCGUCGUGGACCCCAGGUCAAUGGUCAGCGGGGAAAGUUUUCUCCGAAUCUCAGCAAGAAAACUUCAAAAUGUGCAACGAAACCAUGAAGAAAAUAUCCCAAGGAAAAUUCCAGCCACUGAAGGCCCCGUUAACGAAACGUUGGAACGGCAACAGAGAAACGGAUUUCACACGGCAUACUCACAUUAACAACAGCAUACAAGAAUGCACCGACAAAGAAUCUAAAAAUUCAAAUUCUUAG